AUGAGUGCCUCGAAAGCUCCAGCGCAGGCCCAGAUCUAUCCGGGGAAAGGGCUGGGCUCUAUAACACUUGGUGCUUCUCUUCAUAACGUCCUAAGCCGCCUCAAAGCCCACCCUCAGACCUACCCCGCGAUCGAUAUCGCGUACUCCGCAUCGGAUCCUCUACGGCAACCCGUCACUCUUCAGCUCCCGUCAAAUGGUCUGCGAUUCCGAUUUGACGGGCCAGAUCAAAGAUUGCGUCUUAUAGAAGUCUUGGAUUUCUCCAAAACACCCUUAGUAUAUAAAAACCAGGAAGUGUGGAAGGGAGUGGCCAAACCUCAAGAACAUUCAGCUUCUCCACAAGGUCCGGGUUUUCGUCACGUCUACAACCGCCUCUUUGGUCCUUCAUAUCCUGGUGAAUACAUCCCGCCGACAUCAUCUUCUGCGUAUGGCACAUAUGUGCUAUCGUAUCCCGGCGUUGCCUUCUCGUUUCCACUUCAGCAUUCCGCUUGGUCGGAACAAUGUGAUUUCGUAGCAUUGCUAUCAUCCUCUGCGGCUCUACCGGCAACAUCUAUGUCAAUAUUUCAGGGCCCCUCGUGGCCAGAAGUUCGAGAUAAGCUGUUCACGCAGCAGCCGCAAUACCCACGGUCUCCCGCUCUUGCCGGCAAGAGCAAGGAAUUUUUGCCUGAUGAGAUUGAGGAGUUUGUCAUUCUAGGAGCUGGUAAACUCGAAGUCACUCGGAGAUCAACUCCCUCGACGUAUAUUAGGCUGUCGCAAACCACCCCACAGGAUCUCAUUGCAGAAUUUGGGCCGCCGGACGCUAUUUACCGUAAGAACGAUCGCAGGAUUUCCAUCCAUCGGGCCGCUGGCGGCCACGGCCGGGAUGAAAUGAUCCACAUGAGUCCAGCAUCAGGUAGAGGUAUUGAACUUCAUGAUACAGAUCAGUCGUCAAAUAACAGCGUAAGUGAUGAUUCGGAUGAGGGCAUUUCGCAGACAAGUGCCCUUGAUCCCUCUUCGUUGCCGUCGGAGUGCUUCUUCAACUACUUCCAUCAUGGCUUUGACGCAUUCAUAUCCCAUCCGACCACACCUGGUCCAGCGUUUCCAGGCUCUGGUCUUGAUGACCCAACUCCCCCAUCGCCUUCGUCCCAACUAGUUGUGACUAAGAUUGUUCUACAUGGAAAUGUGCCGGGCUCAUAUCCGUUUAACCGGUACCGGCGCGGUCGCUGGAAGAUCGAGCUGAACCCCUCAGACAACCCCUCCGUAUCUGUUGUUACCUCAGAAACACCCUACGACCUGAUCUCGCAGCAGCUCAAAAGCGUAUGGAAGGGAUCAUAUGCAACCGCGGCGGAAGAGCGAGUUCUUGAAAGACCAAUGGUGCUAAAUAGAGGGUGGGGUGAUAGCCCUGAAAGCAGCGUCGAGUUCCUUGGGGGAUGGGAGGAGAGCACAGGCAAGGGACAGAAGACUGUACACGGUGGGCAUGACGGUGGCUUAGGAAAUACGGAGUUGUUCGGGUUUCCCGGUCUUCUCUUUGAAGUCAUGAAGAACGGAGCCGUAAGCUGUUUAACUAUAUAUUGA